AUGCAGGACAAGGGCGUCGUGCACAACGACCUCAAGGGAAACAACGUCAUGCUCGACGACCACCAAGAGGUCCACCUCAAUGACUUCGGCGUCGCUACGUGGAAGGGCUGUGUCGUCGGCUGCUACAAAGCGAGCGGCAAGUGGCUCGCCCCGGAGGUCCUCCAGAAUGAACCCAGCACCUUCGCCUCCGACGUGUACUCCGUCGGGAUGAUCCUCAAGGACAUCUACGAGGUGAUGUGCUUCACCUCGGACAAGUUCAGCGCCUUCGUCAGCGGCGCGACCAACCAAUCGCCCGAGCAGCGGCCGAGCAUCCAGAAACUCGCGUCGCUCCUGCAGGAUCUCAAGGAGCAGUCCUGA